UUAAGCCAGACUGAACGUGCAAGCAUAGCAGAUUGGGCUGCAGUUCUGCUGGACCAUGACCAGGAAGAGAUGCAGCUCCAACAGACAUCUCCAGUACAGGACUAGAGCUUUCCCAGGCACUGAGCAGGAAACAGCACUGAGUCUCCUCAUCAGAUUUUCCACCUGAUAGAAAAAGAUGGUGGGUGUUGGUUCGGAAGGAGAGACAUGAAGCCAUAUUUAAAUGACCACAGAGGGAAGCAGUACUUUCCUUAGUGGUCAUGAUUUGUGGUUGCAGGAAGUGUUGAGAUGCUGACUCAGCUGAUCCUAGGAUGGACUGCGUUGCUAAGCAGCCUCCCGUCGGCUGCUUCCUCUAUUACAACAAGAUUCCCAUCCAGCAGAGGCAGCAGGUGGUCAGUUUCAAAAUGUGAAGUCUUCAUCACUCCUCCUCUUCCACCACCUAUGUUUCCUCCAAUCAAAUGGAAAGCAGAGCUAAUGGUUGACAUAACAGAACACAUCACAGGACCUAAAGGAGAAAAAGGCUGUAGGGGAGCCAGAGGAUCGAAGGGUCAGCUUGGUGUGUUAGGUCCAGAGGGAGAAGGUGGAAUGCAAGGAGCCAUGGGACAGCCAGGUCAAAAGGGAGAGAAGGGAGACAGAGGCUGGAGGGGCCUGUAUGGAGAUAUAGGAACUCCUGGGAUGAUGAAGGGCAAUAAGGGGCAAAGCGGAUUCAGUGGUGAUAAAGGUGUCAAAGGAAAAACAGGCCUGGAGGGAGUGAAGGGGGAGCGUGGCAUCCCUGGAAACCCAGGACAGAAGGGAGACCCAGGCCAAUGGGGCGCUGCAGGGAAAAGGGGGGAGGAGGGAUCCAGAGGAAAGCCUGGGGACAGGGGGAGCACGGUAGGCACGAAGAAUGAAACACAGAGUGUGUGCAUGGUGGGAAACCCUGCAAGGGGUUGGCAGUGCUAG